AUGGUGUGUUGGAACUGCGAGAAUCCUGGGCAUAUGAAAAGCGAAUGCCGGGCACCAAGGAAGGACAAAGAAGGCCGGACAGCCAAUGCCGCGACGGAGGACACAACGGAUGCACUCUUGUUGAGUGUGAGAAGCUCGCUCGAUGACUGGAUCGUGGACUCAGGGGCCUCAUUUCACUCUUGCAGUAGCAGAGACAUCAUGGAGCCAUACACCGCAGGGCUGGGCCGCCGCCGGGGUGGGUAUUGUGUGGAGACACACCGGCGAAUCCAGCCCCUGCUGUUAGGUGGCCGCCGGAGCAGUUGGAGACAACAGCGAAUAGCCCAACACAAGUGGGCACGAUGCAAACGCCGACGAGACCAAGUGCGAGCUUACCACUUCAAGAGACCUUUAACCCAAAAUCCAUCAACAAAAUACCGCCAAAGAGUUCAUCGAAGCACCAAAGUUGCCAGCUUUCUUGAUUUGAAGCCCAUGUCUAAGCCAAAACCAUUGGACUUUGACCUCCCUCUCUUCAACCCUGCAGACAAGACCCAUUUCGACGUGAUCGUCAUCGGGGCCGACCCAGCCGGCCUCCGCCUUGCCGAGCAAGUCUCCCGACACGGUAUCAACGUAUGCUGCAUCGACCCUUCACCCCUUUCCAUGUGGCCCAACAACUACGGCGUUUGGGUCGACGAGUUUGAAACUUUAGGACUCGGCGACUGUCUCGACAAAACGUGGCCCACGGCCUCUGUCGUUAUAGACGAACGUAACACCAAGCACCUCGACCAUCCCUACGGAAGAGUCAGUCGGAAGGAGAUGAAAACGAAAUUCCUAUCCGGUUGUGCCGCGAACGGCACCGUAAGAUUCCACAAGACAAAGGCGUGGAAAGUCGAGCACGAGGAAUUCAAAUCUCUCGUCUCGUGCGUCGACGGGUCCGAGCUCAGAGCUAGCCUCGUCGUCGACGCGAGCGGGUGCUCGAGCAAUUUCGUCGAGUACGACAAGCCGAGAAACCCUGGUUUUCAAAUCGCGCACGGCAUUCUAGCCGAGGUCGACGGGCACCCUUUCGACGUGGACCAGAUGCUUCUCAUGGAUUGGAGGGAUUCCCACUUGGAAAACGAGCCGGAGCCUUUGAUUGCUACUCUUGCCCCUCGCGUGACCAUCGCCCUCGUUACCUUGUUCGAAAGACCAUCGGCGUGUCCACUGCUCGCUCCUGAGGUGUUCAGGCCACGAGCAGUUCCCCUCAAUCAUCAUCUUUGUCCCCGUGUCGCUGUUACAAGCUCCAUGUUUCUGCUGUCCGCGCGACCGUCGCCCCCCUGCUUAUCAUUGAGCCCAUCGCAGACCACUGAAUAUGCUGCCAGCGUCCCAGUGAACGUGCGCAGAUGA